AUGGCCGAAGAAUGGAGACCGCUGAAGAGGCAAAAAGAAAUUCCUUUAACACCGGAGGAGGAGGAGGAGAAGGAGGAGAGGGAGAUGUUUAUGAAUAUGAUAACAAAGGGGCAAGAAGAGAUUCCUUUGACACCGGAGGAGGAGGAGGCGGAGAAGAAGAAGAAGGAGAGGAGAACAUACUUAGAGAUGAAGAAAAAAGCAAUUGAUAAUCCAUUAUCUGAUGUUCCUUUUUUCCCAUUUGGACCAGGAUGUGGUGUGAUGCCUGACUUCGGGCAGAAGUUUGAAUGCAAGUAUGAUAUAUUACAAAAGAGGCCUUUAACAGAGGAAGAGGAACGUCGAUUCACAUAUGGGAUGAAAGUAAACCUUCCAUCUUUCCCACCUUUACCAUGGGAUAAGAGGCAAACAGUUCCUCUCACCCCUGACCUCGUUCUACAGUUCGAACAACAACGACAACAAUGUAGUAGUAUUAGUAGUACCAGUACUGUGAUGUCAAGGGAGGAGAAGCGAAAACAACUUGCAGCACAAGGAAGAUGUCUCGAUGGGUCGUAUCUAACCCCAUAUUGCAAGUGUGACAAACAAUGCUGUGGAUUCCAACCACCAUAUCCCCCAGAGUUUGCCCCAGUUUGGCUUGCAUAUAAACGUCAGAUUCGUCAAUCCCAUUGUUUUGACAUUGACGACCAUCCCCGUUCGCCUUUUGGUGCUGCAGUAGGACCAUUAGCACCAUAUCAUGAUUUCAAUGGCAAGGCUGAGUUACUGAUGGAACUGGCUAACCGUGCUAUCCAAGAAUAUAAUGAGAAAGAGUGCAAUGUUACCAAAUACAAUGUUUUGAAGAUUGAGAAAGUGAAUCAUUCGGUGACUUCAUACUAUCAAUAUUGGAUGACCGUAAAAGUGUUAAAUCUAACUCUUGGUACUUCUACUGAGACUUUUCAAAUCCAUGCUGGUAAAAGUAUCCUCAAUGAUGAUGAUAAAGUUAUCUAUUGUUGCCGGCCUAAAGAAGAGGCCAUUGUUGGUUUGCCAAGCUGUGAGUUUUGUUUUGGCUUGCUGCCGGAGAGGGAUGUCACAGGAGGAAAGGAAGAGACAAUUGCUGAACGAGCUCGAUAGGCCCUAACUUGGCCAUGUUUACAGGGAGCAAAAUCAACUAGCGGACGCAAUGGCUCAAUUGGAAUUUGAAAAGGAAUUUGUAAGCAGUGUCGAUAUUUUUGUUAACCCAUCGACUACUAUCAACUCCAUGCUAGGCAAAGAUCAGUCGUUACAAACUUUCCAACGUUGAGUGAAAAUGACUGCAUCAGCUUCUCUUAUCGACAAUGCCCAACGACCACUGGACUAUGAUUGCAGCCCAUUUCUUUUUGUUGUAAUGUUUUGACUGCCAUGCAUCCCUGUAGACAGAAUGUAGUUGCUCUGAUAGGAAUCUAACUAUGUAGUGUUUUAGGUAGUUUAGCUAUGUAAUAGUUGUAUGUCCGGAAUUAAACUUUUCCGUGUAGUCAUCGUUGUCUCAAAUUUUCUUUUUAUCAAGUCAA